AUUAAACUUAUGUCUUCCCCUGAAAUUGCUUCCCUCUCCUGGGGACAAAUGAAAGUACAAGGUUCUACUAAAAUCUAUAAGGACUGCAAAGUGUGGCCAGGGGGCAGUCGGGCUUGGGAUUGGAGAGAAACAGGAACUGAGCAUUCUCCUGGUGUUCAGCCUUCAGAUGUGGAAGAAGUUGUCAAGAAGGGUGUGCAGACCCUUGUGAUUGGCCGAGGAAUGAGUGAGGCCUUGAAGGUGCCUGCAUCAACUGUGGAGUACCUCAAGAAGCAAGGCAUUGAUGUGCGGGUCCUCCAAACAGAGCAGGCAGUGAAGGAGUAUAAUGCCUUGGUUGCUCAAGGAGUCAGGGUGGGAGGUGUUUUCCAUUCUACCUGCUGAUGGAGCCUUAAAAAGGAGAAUAAAUCACUAAG